AUGGCUCUUGUCGCGGUUGGCCAGUUGACGUCAACGGCCAGCAUGGCCAACAACCUCCGCCAAUGCCAAAUUCUUGUCAAGAAAGCAGUCAAUGCUGGUGCAAAGGCCCUCUUCCUCCCCGAAGCAACAGACUACAUCUCCUCAUCAGCCGAAGAAAGCCUAAGCCUAGUCAAGCCCGUGCACGAAAGUGAGUUUGUCCUAGGUCUCCAAGAGGAAGCCCGCCGUGAAAAGCUGCCGAUCCACGUCGGCGUCCAUGAACCCAGCCAGACCUCUCAGCGCGUCAAGAACACAGUCCUCUGGAUCAACGAGCAGGGCGAGAUUGCGCACCGGUACCAGAAGAUCCACCUCUUUGACGUGGACAUCAAGGGCGGGCCAGUCAUCAAGGAAAGCCAGAGCGUAGAGCCCGGGAUGAAGAUUGAGCCGCCGUUUGAGACGUCCUUUGGCAAGGUGGCGUCGACUAUAUGCUUUGAUCUACGUUUCCCGGAGAUUGGCAUCUCCCUCCGGCGGCAAGGAGCCGAGAUCAUUACUUACCCUUCUGCUUUCACUGUUCCCACUGGCCAGGCACACUGGGAGAUUCUUCUGAGGGCUCGGGCGAUUGAGACGCAGUCGUAUGUCAUUGCUGCGGCACAGGUUGGCAGACAUAACGAGAAGCGGGUCAGCUAUGGCCAUAGCAUGAUCAUUGAUCCUUGGGGGAGGAUUGUGGCUAGCGUGGGAGAUAAGGAGGAUGAGCCUGACAUUGCGACGGCUACUAUUGAUCUUGAUCUGGUGAAGAAGGUUAGGGCAGAGGUGCCGCUGAGGAGGAGGACGGAUGUGUACCCGGAAGUGUAG